CGUCUUGUCUCUGUUGUUGGGUUGUCAGUGAAACAGAGGGAGGAACUUUGGCCGCUGCUAGUUAGCGCAGAGCUAGCACUGUUUUGUGUUCUGUUUUCAAAUUGUUGUACUGUUUUCCCACAUGCACAGAGAUGUGGUUUAUUUAUUUACUCAGCUGGCUGUCGUUGGUGAUCCAAAUAUCAUUUGUCACACUAGCAAUAGCUGCUGGCCUUUACUACUUGGCAGAACUAAUAGAAGAAUACACAGUAGCCACCAGUCGGAUCAUAAAGUACAUGAUCUUGUUCUCCACCGUAGUGCUGGCAGCUCUCUAUGUUUUUGAGGGCUUUCCUGCUCUGAUGGUGGGGGUGGGUCUCUUCACAAACCUGGUCUACUUUGGCCUCCUGCAGACCUUCCCCUAUAUAAUGCUCAGCUCACCCAACUUCAUCCUCUCCUGUGUGUUGGUGGUGGUGAACCAUUACAUGGCCUUCCAGUACUUUGCACAAGAAUACUAUCCAUUUUCAGAGGUACUGGCCUACUUCACGAUCUGCCUGUGGGUGAUCCCGUUUGCCUUCUUUGUUUCUCUGUCAGCCGGAGAAAACGUGCUGCCAUCCACCAUGCAGCAAGGAGAUGACGUGGUGUCUAAUUACUUCACCAGGGGAAAGAGGGGAAAGAGGUCAGGGAUCCUCCUCAUCUUCUCCUUCCUCAAGGAGGCAGUGCUGCCCAGUCGGCAGAAAAUGUACUAAAGAGCUGAGACUCGGGCUACAGGUGUGAGGGGAUCCGGGGCAGGGGGUGGGUUUGGUUACGUAUGAAUGUGUGUGUUGGAGGUAAAGGGGAACGACUGUGGACUGAAAACAAAGCAGAAGCCAAACCGGGGAGAAGGGCACACCAAGAGAACGAACCAUUGAAGGGAAACAGUUUGACGAUGGACAAGUUUACACAGACCACCUCUGUCUGUGGUGGUCUGUGCUGACUGCCAUGACCAUCCACAGGAGACCACUCUGAGGCAGAGAUCUUCUUAGGUGCAGUUCUUUCUAAUUGUGACUCCAUUUUUUUAAACACUUGGAAUAAAAUGUCAAAAAUGUUUGCAAGGUUGGGAAAAGAAAUCACCGCUAAACAGCUGUGUGACUCUGGCUGAUUGAACAGGAGACACCAUACUGUUGUUGGUCCCAGCAGAAUCAGAAGGGUCGAAGGUCAAUUUCUGAAGUGCUGGAGUUUACACUUUUUUUUUCUGGAGCGGUGGUGAGAUGCAGAAAUCUAAUCUGCGGAGCCCCUUGAAAGUUGGUGGAAUUAAUUUAAAAGGCAGAAACAAAUCUUUCUUUUUUUUUUUAAUCAUCCACAUCAGGCCAUAGAUAUGACAUGUGACAUUUCCUCCUAAAUGUUGAAAUCUCAAACAUUCUCCAUUCAUUGCAUCAAUUUACAACAGCUCUCUGUCUCUAUGGAUAUGUUUUAGGAAGACGUUGCAAAAUAACAAACAUUUUUGUACUUUCUUUAUCAACAACAAAGGAAAAAAAAACACUUUGAAGACUGAACUUGUGCAGUGACUCCUGAAGGUGAGGGGCACAAAAAGCUGCUCAAAAGGAGUUGAUGGGAGAAAAAAAACCCAAGAUGUUUUGAAUCUGUGGUGGUCAGGCUGGGUAAUACACAACUGUAUCAUAACAAUAAAAGGUUUUGUUGAAAUAA